GUCGCCCAGACCAUGAAACCUCCCCUUCCCUUCCAUUCUUGACACUCGCUCCCUCGACUCCUCUACUCCAUUGUCCCCUCGACAUCCAUCCCUUGGAGAAUCUCAACCCGGGACGAGCGAGCCAGCCAGACAACCAGACCAGUCAGACAGCUAUCUAUCUAUCUAUCCCGCGAUGGAGCUCGAAUCCCAGCGAGGAUUGGCGCAGGACCAGAAUUCGUCCCAAACAUACAGUCUCCACGCCUCAGUGCCGAACUCACAAUCCCCGGUCUCAUAUAGCAUGGACACCCGCAGUGUUCCUCGCUCUGUCGGCCUGGGCGCCGCAAGUCUCCUGCAGCUCUCUUCUUCAUCUUCCUCCGCUUCUUCAUCCGCUGCUGCUGCCGCUGCCGUCGCCGCUACCACGGCCGCGGGAGCGCCCCCAGCGGUAGCGAUAGCAGGCCUCGUCCCAUCUUCCCCCGAGCUACCAGCCGGCAUGAACGGCAACGAUGGCUGGGCGAACCGGGUGAUGACCGAACUGAAAGACCUGGUGCUUCUCCUCGGCCACGACGGACGAGUGAUGUAUGUGUCGCCGUCGUGUCUCGAGAUUACGGGGUUCGAGACGAAAGCGCUCGAGAAGAGCGACUUCUCCCGCUUCGUUCACGAGGACGAUAAGACCAUCCUCCGCCAGGAACUGGACGAGUGCAUGGAGACCGACCGGUUCAUCCGCUGUCAUUUCCGCUUCUGCAAGCCCGAUAACAGUGUCUGCUUGCUGGAGGCCUAUGGCCAUCCGCACCUGACUCGGACGACAGCAUCGCCGGUAGAUGCGACCGCAGAGGGACCGGCAGCAGCAGGGACAGCAGCAGGGGCAGGACUCAAUCGGACCAAGAUGAUGGCGCUGUGUAAGGGGAUCUUCCUCACGUGUCGACCGUAUCCGACGCGUGGGGCGCAGAUGCUGGAUUCGUUCCUGGAGCAUAAGAUCGAGAAUAUCCGGCUGAAUCAGCGCAUUGCGCAGCUGAAGGAGGAGGAAGAGGAGGAGAUGAGUUCUCGACAGCAGUCCGGGUCCGGGCCCGGGCCCGGGCCCAGCGGCAUCACCGGGAUCCAGCAGACGACCACGACCACGACACAACGAACGUAUAUCUCGUCGACGACGCAUUCUACAUUUACGCAGGCGAUGGUGCGCGAGGCGUCCGUGUCCGGCGACGAGAACGAGUCGUCCGAUACGGUGACGAACACGGACGAAGCCGACGCCGACUCGCAGUCGAUUCAAGACCAAGACCUGGAACAGGGCCCGCCGGCGGAGGAUAUGUCUCAUAUCGACGGCAUCGAGGUCAUGACCGGGUUGUACUACGGCGAGGGCGAACGGUCGCAGGGUCUGAAUACCGGUGUGCGCCACGGUCGUCUGGUUCAUUACAAUUCCGAAUCGUCCCCUCCGACCGACGCGCAAUCCACGAGUUCUGCCGACGUCGAUCGAAGGAAGCGGAUGAAGGGCGAGUAUAUGUGUACGGACUGCGGCACCUCCGACUCUCCCGAGUGGAGGAAGGGGCCUGAAGGCCCGAAGUCGCUGUGUAAUGCUUGUGGUUUACGCUGGGCCAAAAAAGAGAAGAGACGACACGACGUCUAAUUGACUCAACUUGACUUAACUUGACCCGAUCGGUUAACCAACCACGGAGCCAUCCAUGUAUAUCCGUACCUGAGUUGAUUGGGACUGAACUGGACUGAAAAUUGAUCGGGGGACGAUCAGCGUUUGUAUGAAUUGUCUUGUCGUUACUGCAUUGCCAGAAGGGGCCGCCGAUUAUUAGCCCUGCGAGGAUACCCCUGCUUACAUACUCCGUACCUUACCUUCCUUAGUUACUUACCUGUGUGCUCCUUCGUUGCGCGUGUUUCUUACAUAACAUAAUUGUCCAGUAUUGUUCGCUGCCUGCCUGCCUGCCUGCCUGCUGGCUGUCUAUCUGUCUAUAUUUGUCUGUCGGUGUCGGUGUCGUCGUCGUUGUUGUUGUUUCCUUUUCCUUCCCGGUGGCGUGGCGUGGC